AACGUCUUGUAAUGGAAGAUGGAAGACAAAGGGGCUCGUGUUGCUGACUACUUCGUUGUCGCAGGAUUGACAGAUAUUGCAAAACCACUGGAGGAAGAAAUCCACUUCAAUGAUGCUUGCCAUAAAAUUGCUAAACCAAAAGAACCUAUUACAGAUGUAACAGUACUUAAUAAAUCUCUGGGGGAGGAAGUUCCUCGGGGAUAUAAAUGCAUAGAUGUUACUCCCUCAGGACUAUCUGCAGAUCUCAAUAAUGGCAGUCUUGUAGGGCCGCAAAUAUACCUUUGUUAUCGCCGAGGAAGGGAUAAGCCCCCACUAACUGAUUUGGGGGUUUUGUAUGAUGGGAAAGAAAGAGUAAAGCAAGGUUGUGAAAUAAUUCAGACAACUCCGUACGGUCGGCCCGCUAAUAUUAGUGGCAGCGCCUCAUCACAACGAGUGUACAUCACUUACCGAAGAGCAUCCGAAAACAUGACGCAGAACACGUUGGCUGUUACGGAUAUAUGUAUAAUCAUACCGAGUAAAGGAGAAACCCCUCCACAUACGUUCUGCAAGGUUGACAAGAAUCUUAAUAAUAGUAUGUGGGGUUCAGCGGUAUAUUUGUGUUACAAGAAGUCUGUGGCAAAAACAAACACCAUAUCAUACAAAGCUG